CCUUCUCGCGGGGGGGGGUUGCCUGCCCCCCGCCCCGCCCCAGCCUGGGGGACUCCGGGGCCGAGGUCUCCACGCCCCCUGGGGGGCUCCCGGGUCUGUCUUGGGUGGCCAGCCGAGUGUGAUGAGGACCUUUUACCGAAGUAUUACUCGGCGAUCCAGGGACUUGGAGCGGAUAGCAACCAGCCUGGAGCCAUGCACCCCAACGCUAAUAAUCGCCAUGGCGCCCCAGGCAAUAGUGACGGUACCUCCUCCUCCCACUGUCCUCACGCAGCAAGAUUGCCAGGAGAAGGCUCUUGCUCGCACGGAGGGGCUAUUCACAUCCAGCUCAGUCCCACUUCAGGGGAGGCUGGAGAAAACCCCAGCUCCGGGCAGCAUCCGCAGCCGGGGACUUGGAGUCGCUCGGGGGCCCACUCCUACAGCGAGGCGAGAGGGCCCGAAGAUGGCAGCUCGGAUCUGGAGGAACAAAGCGGCAGCUCGCUCUCGGAGCUGAGAUACCUGCUCCAGUGGCUGCACAAGAGCCUCCCUUACCUCCUGAUUCUGUCCAUCAAGCUCGUCCUGCAGCAUACAACUGGCAUUUCUCUGGGAAUUGGGCUGUUAACAACAUUUAUCUAUGCAAACAAAAGCAUUGUAAAUCAGGUUUUCUUGAGAGAAAGGUAUUCCAAGCUGCAGUGUGCUUGGCUACUGGUUCUCCUAACGGGAUCAUCUCUCCUCAUAUAUUAUACCUUCUACUCCCAAUCACUUCAUUACAGCCUGAUCCUUUUAAGUCCUAAAAUGGAUUUUAUGAACUUCUGGGAAGUCCUUUGGAUUGUGGGGGUCACCGACUUCAUUCUCAAGUUCCUCUUCAUGAGUUUCAAAUGCAUCAUCCUGCUGCUGCCUCUGUUCCUAAUGUCCUUUAAGUCCAAGGGUUACUGGUACAUGGUCCUAGAAGAAAUCUGCCAGCACUACUGUCGAAUCGUCCCUAUCCCGGUUUGGUUCCGAUACUUUGUUGGCUUGAGGGAGCUGGAUAGCCUGCUUGGAUGGAGCCUUGGGAUACUGUUAGCCCUGCUGUACCUUAUCUUGAAGCUUUUGAGCUGCUUUGGAUAUCUGAAACACUUCCGGCGGGUCUUGCAGAUAUUUUACACACGACCGACCUAUGGAGUGCCAGCCAGCAAAAGGCAGUGUACAGAGGUAGAUGAUAUUUGCUCUAUCUGCCAAGCCGAAUUCCAGAAGCCUGUUCUUCUCAUCUGCCAGCACAUAUUUUGCGAAGACUGCAUCACUCUUUGUUUUAACCGAGAGAAGAUGUGCCCCCUCUGCCAAACGACGAUCUCAGACCACAUCCUGAAGUGGAAUGAUGGGGCCACUUCUGUGCAUUUACAAAUCUAUUAAAAGCCUAGCUGAUACUUGCUUCACAGUGUAAACUUAUUUGGAGGCUGGACUUAAAGGGUGGGUAAGGAGAGAAAAGGGAAGUGUGUUCAGUACUUGGGGGUCCUUUCUUGUCAGCUUUUGUGGCACUUGUAUGUUCAAACACAAGGCAGGGGUCUGAUGUUGCUUCUUCAUAGCAGCCUUCUGGUGCUGCUUGUGUAUAAAUACUCUAGAAAGGGAUGUAAGCCUGAUUAUACUGUACAGGUUGAGUAUCCCUUAGCUGGACUGCUUGGGACCAGAAGUGUUCCAGAUUUUGGAUUUGAAAACAAAUAAGCAUUGAAUUUACGAUAACUACAGGCAGCUGUAAAUGUAAUGAAAAAUAAUUGCAAGAAAAUUUUCAAUGCAAUAAUGUUGCUGGUCAUGUUAGACUCAGAUUUUGGAGCAUUCCGGAUUUUGGAUGUCCGGAUAAGGGAUACUCUUAUGCCUGUACAUCCCAUUGCAAUCUAAAUUCAGUGUUAUAGACUGAAGAACUGGGUUAUAUCAGAGCAACAGGAGGAUACUUGAGUUUUGCUCCUCUGGUGUUAACCAAACUGGAAUGUUAAUGGGAUCCAUUAGCUCAGAACUUUGGAGACGCUGCCCAUUCACCUUCUCAUGACAUUUUUUGAUGGCAUUAACUCGACUUUGUAGGAGGAAAGAGGCAAAACAACUUUUGCUUCCAAAGUUCUAUAUGCAACCAUGAAUAUUUUUUCCUAUUUUUAAAAUUCUGAAUUCUGAAAGUAAAAUCUUGAUUGUCGUCAAUGGGUUUUAUUGAAAGAGAUCUACUUUUUAAAAUUGUCAUAGCUAGGUUGGUGAAAAUAAAGGUAGUUUUAAUCUA